CUCUUGACUGAAAAUCUGUAGUCAAUUUAAAUCUUUUGCUUCAAAUUUGACUCUCUAUUUCCAUUACAACUGAAACUGACCUACAAAUGGUGGGGAUUAUUUGCUACUGCUACUAUACUAUUGAUCAUCAAACCCUUGCUGUUGACAGAUCCCUCCAUCCAACCCCUUUGAUUUGAUUUGAGAACCAGAUUAGGCCCAUAUGAAAGAACCAGUUGAUGGACUUCUAGGACAGGAAAAAAAUGUCCCCUGGUUGAGGCUGUAAUGAUCCAAAUUUGGCUCAUCGACGACCGGCCCGUCUUAUGAGACUUGUGACACUCUGCUCCAGUCCCUCUCAGCUGAGCUGAGGUCUUUUCAUUUAUUUAGUUUUUAUUUACGGUUUUUGGGUUUUAUCCAACACCGAAAUCGAGAAUAUGGCUGCUGCAGCCUCAUCCAUAGCAAACCUCCUCUCCUUCUUCGCUCCCUCAUCAAAACCUCCAGCUCUGCUCAAAUUGCCACAGCCGUCCCACCUCUUCAUUCCCACUUGCUCCACCAAGGAUGGGUUGGCUUUGGCCGCCGCCACCCGACUUGAAAACCAGCAGUACCUGCCCCUGUCAUCGUCGACUGAUAAUGAUCUUAAUAAUGGGCUGAUGUCGGUGGUUUGCCCGUCUCUUGCUUAUGCUAACACGCUCUUCUUUAGAUCGGCUUACAACGUUCAGGUGCUUGUGGAUGAGAACGAGCCGGAAGAGAAGCUCCUGAACAGGUUCCGGAGAGAGGUGAUGAGGGCCGGCGUGAUUCAAGAAUGCAGGCGCAGAAGGUUCUUUGAGAACAAGCAGGACGAGAAAAAGCGCAAGUCUCGCGAGGCCGCCAAGCGCAAUCGCCGAAGACGCCCCCAGUCGCGAGGCAGUUUUCAAGACAGGCAGGAGACCUCUAAGAAUAGUAAGCAAGAUGAAGACGAAGAUAACUGGGAACUUCCUGAUGGAGACCUUCCCUAUUGAUUGCUGUCCAGCGUUGAGGACUCUUUCCUCAUUUUAGGUUUCUGUCUGUCAAAUUUUCUUCUGUAGAAUCAAGAAAAUCACCUUCGUCAUUGAGCUAUAUGCAGUAUGCCCUUUUUGUUGUGUAGUAAUGAAGACAAAUUUGAUCAAAUGGAUAGAUCGACAUGGGUCGAAUGUAAAGCUGGGAUAGAGGAUCGGUGAUAUUCCCGAAUGAGAUGAAAUUCUUUCAUUUUGGUGGAGUCGGUGGAGGAUUUACUUUCUGACAGCGCAAGAAAAUUGGAGAAAAAAUCUAGCGCACCCCAUGUCCAUGAUGGGGCGGUGUCCUAGGUUUGGAAAUUCGUCCCAAUUCCGAUAUUGCGUUUCUGAUUAUACUUGCAAAAAGCUAUAUGCCGAUGGAUGAGGUGUGAGGAGUUAUUGCAGAUGAAUUAAGGCUCAUCUCAUUUUGGUUUA